UAUUUUACCCUUCUGAAUCUUGGUUUUGCAAUGAAGACAACAAGCCAUCACAAGACAACAAUGGUGGUGGUUCUAGGGCUUUUUAGUCUUUUCCUUAUGAUUCAAGAUGGCCAUGCAUACCAAUUCAAGGUUGGAGGUUCAGGUGACUGGAGCCUUGCAUCUUGUAAUUCAUAUGAUCAAUGGGCACACCAAAGCCGGUUUCAAAUCGGAGACACCGUCCUGUUCAACUACGAGGCGAACAAGGACUCGUUGGUCCAAGUAAGCGAAACCGACUACAAAAAUUGCAGCACGGCAUCACCGAUUGCAAAAUACAGUGAUGGUCAUACCGCAGUCAAGUUAACCCAAUCCGGGCCUCAUUUCUUCAUCAGCGGAAAUGUAGAUCACUGCAAAAACAACGAAAAAGUGAUGAUUGUCGUAAUGGCAGACCGCAGCAACCGCUCCUCGGCUGCUCCAUCUUCACCACCAUCUGCUGCUCCGUCGCCACCUCCAUCCGCCACUCCAUCACCACCUCCCGCCAGCGAAGACUAUCCAUCUCCUCCUCCGGCUCCAUCUACACCAGAAACUGACCUGACUCCAGCUCCGGGUCCUUCAGACGAAAACCAUCCACCUCCGACUCCAAAUGGCGCUUCGUUAACCGUCACAAAUUUCCUUUGUUCGGUUGGAGCUUUUGGUGGGUUCUCCGUUCUUUUCGGGUUUUGAACGUGUUGUGUUUAUUGAUCGAGAACGAUUCUGUCAAAUAAGUUCACU